AUGGGUUUAGAAGGAGAUAGAAGUCCACAACUACAACAGGGUGGCAAUCAAACACCUCCUCUUCAACAACAACAACAAUAUAAUCAAGGACUUCCAUAUGUUCAACCAAACUAUACUAAUAAUAAUAAUAAUGCAGGUUCACAACAAGGAUACCAAGGUAACCCAUACCAACAACCAGCUUAUUAUCAACCUGCUCCACAUGAACAACAACAACAACAAUAUAAUCAACAACCAUAUGUUGUACCACAACAACAACCAAACCCAGUAUAUGGAUUACAACAACCAUGGGAUCAACAAAAUCAACAACAACAACAAUACCAACAAAAUGAUAAUCAACCAUUACUUCAACCAAUCUUUAUUCCACCACAAACCUAUGUAUAUAACGAAACAUGUGAAAAGUUCCCAGAUGGACCAAAGUAUCAAGACAUAUUAUACACUGUAUUGUUUGUAAUUCAUUUACUUGCAUUGGUAUUGGUCUACUUUGUUUCAUUGUCUAGACCAGUCAUUAAUGAAAGUUUUGUUGGUGGUGAUUCACAAAACUAUCCAUUGCUUGCCUUUGUCGGUAUCUCUGCACUCAUUUCAGUCAUCUAUCUCUUUGGUUGGUUACACAUUGCUCGUCGUCAUGCAGUUGGACUCAUCAAAGCAACCUUUAUCAUUAAUAUUAUCAUUACCAUUAUCCUUUGUAUCGUCGCCUUUGUCACUGGCAAUUGGUUUAUGGGUGCAUUAUUAAUCUUUGUCGCAUUGAUUUGUUUCAUUUUCUUUAUCUCUUUGAUAAAGAGAAUUGAUUUUACUGCUGCUCUUUUAACAAGUUCAAUUGAAUUAUUAGAUAGAUUCCCAGCAUGUUAUAGAGUUGGAUUUGCUUCAUUGGUUGUAAACUUUAUUUGGUUAAUUCUUUGGGGUUUGGCAGUUACCAGAAUGUCAUAUACCUUUACUGAUACUUCAUUUAACAUUCUAUUUGUUUUCAUGGUCUUUAGUUUUUAUUGGGUGACUAAUGUAAUCAAAAAUGUAGUACAUUGUACUAUUAGUGGAUUAUUUGCAUCAUGGUAUUUCCUUGAUGGUAGUGUUGGAAUGCCACCAAGUCCAACCGCAAAGUCAUUCAAGAGAGCUAUUACAACAUCGUUUGGAAGUAUUUGUUUUGGUAGUUUAUUACUCGCCAUUGUAUCUACACUACGUUAUAUUGCACAAUCAUUGCAAAGCAGCAAGAAUGGUAUUGUUCAAUUGGUUGGUUGUCUCCUCAACUGUAUCUUGUCACUAUUCGAAUCUGUUCUCCAACUUUUCAACGUCUAUGCCUAUACUCAGGUAGCCAUCUACGGCAAGAGUUAUUGUGAUGCUGCACGUAGUACUAUGGACCUCGUCAAGAAUCGUGGUGCCGAUCUCAUCGUCAAUGACAACUUUAUCAGCACUGCACUCUCCAUCUCUAUCCUUUUGGGUGCCGUCUUGGCUGGCAUUGUUGGUUUCAUUAUCAGUCUUGCCGUAUCAUCAGCUCCCGCCAUCUCUUGGUUGAUGAUCUUCUGUAUCUCCUUUUCCUUUAUCAUGAUUGUCAUGGAGGUCAUUUAUUCUGGUGUUGUUACCACAGUCGUUUGUUUCUUGAUGGAACCAAAUAUCCUUGCUCAAUCAAAACCAGAUAUUUAUAGAUUGUAUACUACAACUUAUAACAAAUUAAUUCUUUAA